AUGGACAGGAAAGCAUUCCUUGAUCAAGAGCCUCCGCCAGGGUAUGUUGCUGGUAUUGGUAGAGGUGCUACCGGAUUUACGACGAGCGCUGAUGCAGGGUCGGUCAGAAUCCAGCCAGGUGUUGUAGUCCUGGAUAAUGAAGAAGAAGACAUAAAUGGCAAUGCAGAAGACGAAAAUGACGACGGUUUGCUAGGUAAGAAGCUGAAUCGGGACCAGGAUGAUGAAGAGGCCGAUAAGAUAUACGAAGAAAUUGACAGGAGAAUGAAGGGAAAGCGCAAAGAUACGACGGACGAUGAAACGAGUUUGGAAGCCGUCAAUCACACAAAAGAGCAAUUUGCCGAUCUAAAGAGAGCGCUUUCUAGUGUUAGUGACCAGCAGUGGGAAUCGUUGCCUGAAGUCGGUGAUUUGACGAGAAGAAAUAAGAGAGCAAGGCUUUUGGAGCAGCAACAACAAAGGUUUUAUGCCAUGCCAGACAGUGUUAUAGCGGGAGCUAGUGGAGCAGGGUCUAUUGGAGGCGGUGCAAUGAAUAAAAAUGAUGUUACCGACUUUCAGACGAUUUCUGGGGCCAAAGACAAGUUGUUGAGUAAGCACCUUGAUAGCUUGGUCCCACAGGGUGCUAAUGCUACAACCGAGGACUUACAAAAUGAUAUAAUAAUGCAAGAGGAAUCAAAUAACCAAAUGGCAGAUAUAAAGAAAGGCCGGCUAAUUUUAUCGUCCUUGAGGAAAACUAACCCCUACAAGGCCAAUUCAUGGAUUGCGUCUGCUAGGUUGGAAGAACAAGCAAAAAACUAUACAGCAGCUAAGAACUUUGUUAUCGAAGGUUGUAGGAAGGUUCCUCAUAACGAAGAUAUAUGGCUUGAGAGUAUUCAUAUUCAUCAAAAGUCCGCAGAAGGAACAAAAAUGUGCAAAAUAAUUGUCACGGAAGCACUCAAAUUCAAUAAUACAUCAGAAAAGUUAUGGGUUAAAGCCUUUGAACUAGAGAAUGCAUCCGACAUUGUAUCAAGACGCCGUAUAUUAAUGAAGGCUCUUGAAUUUCUUCCACAGAAUGUAAAAUUAUGGGAAAAGCUAAUUGAUUUAGAGGAGGAUCCUAAGGAUGUUGCAAAAUUAUUACAUAAAGCUAUUGAAUUAUGUUCAACCGAAUGGAACUUUUGGAUUACUUUAAUAAAUUUAUCUACUUAUGAUGAAUCAAAAAUUUUGCUUAAUAAAGCUAGGAAGUCCAUGAGUGAUAAUCAUAAAGUUUGGAUUGCUGCUGCUAAAUUAGAAGAACGUGAACAUGAGAAUAUUUCAAUACAGAAACUAAACACGUUAAUGGAAAAGGGAAUCAAAAAACUAGAGAGUAAUAUUAGUGAUAACUCCAGAUUAUUAUCUAGACGUGAAUGGUUAGAAGAAGCUGCACAAACAGAGCUUGAGGGCUUCAACAAAACUUGUCAGGCUAUUGUUAAUAAUGCUUUGAAUAUUGAAAUUCCGUCAGAUCCAAAGGAAAAGUUAACUAUCUGGUUUCAAGAAGCCAGUCAUUUUGCAAACCAAUCAAGGUUUGAAACAUCAAAUUGCAUUUAUCAAUAUAUUAUUGAACAAUUUCCGAACAAUUCAGAAUGUUGGAUGAGGCUAUUCAGAUCUCUCAAACAAGUUUCCGAUUUGAAGUUAGAUAGAUUGUUUAAUUACUAUGAACAAGCUAUAGAGUUAAAUCCACAGUAUGAAUUAUUUUCAUUGAUGUACGCUAAGGAUAAGUGGGUUUUAGCAAACGAUGUGGAUGGAGCAAGAGAAAUAUUAAGAACCGCUAAUAAAGCAAUUCCAGAAAGUGAAGCCAUUUUAUUGGCCCAGGUAAAAUUAGAGAUUAAAACUUCAAAUUAUAAAACCGCAGAGAAUAUAUCUACUCAAAUUAUUGAAUCAAUGCCCGAUUCUUCGCCUCGAGUAUGGUAUAAACAUAUUCAUCUUAAAAGAGUAUUAAAUAUGAAAAACCCCGAUAGCAUAUAUCAGGAAUCGAUCUUGUCAUUAUGUAACGAAUCUCUUGAAAGAUUCCCAGAUUCGGAUAAGCUUUAUUUACAGAAAGGACAGAUACUUCAUCAUGACUUAAAGAAUAUGCGAAACGCAAGAGAAAUUUAUUCUAUUGGCGUAAAGAAAUGUCCCAAGUCGAUUGAUUUAUGGCUUUCACUCGUGCGAAUUGAUGAAAGAGAAUUAUUGAUUAGAGCAAGAUCAACGUUGGAUAUGGCCAUUCUAAAUAAUCCGACGAGUGAAGAGCUUUGGAAUGAAAAAAUUGGACUAGAGAGACGAAAUAAUGAUAACGUAACGGCAAGACAAAUUUGCAAUAAAGCACUUAAGGAUUUACCUAAUUCACCACUUCUUUGGAUUCAAAAUUUACAGAUGAUACCAAAGAUGUCCCAGAGAAAAAACGCAUUCCUAGAUGCUUUAAAGCAGACGGAUAAUUCACCAUUAGUUUUGCUUCAUAUUGGGAUAUUUUUUUGGUUGGAUGGAAAAUUCAUGAAAGCUAAAUCAUGGUUUGAAAGAGCCUUGAAUAGUGACAAAACUAAUGGAGAUUGUUGGGGGUGGUUAUUCAACUUUAUAGAAAAACAUGGCUCUGAUUCAGAGAAACAUGCCCUCUUAAAAAAUUUUGAAAAGCGUUAUGAAGAGAUAAAUGAAGGGACGACUUGGAAUUCGAUAAUCAAGAAGGUGGAAAAUUUCGAGAAGACCCCUACUGAACUACUUCUGUACGUAGCAAAACAAUUAAUUACUGCAUCGACUGUAUAG